AUGGGAUUUGUUAAGUGCAUUCAGCAUCAGUAUCUGCUUUCUUUCCUGGCGUUCCUCGAGCAAGGCUCGAUGGAAUUGAGGUUCGAUGUAAUUGACCCGCCUUAUGUUGGACUUCCCAACUUACCUAGCGGAAGAAAAGGGGUUCCUCCUAUAAAUCAAAAUAUGUCUAGGUCACUUCCACCAACAACUCAAGCUAUUUCUUACUGGGAUUCUCCACAAGUACUAGAAAGUAUGGGAUCUCUACAACUUGUUCCACAAACUCAAACUAUCGGUCAAGGGGUUCCUCCAGCUUCGCUGAAGAAGCUAGGUUCCUCCAAAGAAAAAGGUCCAAGCCCAUUCUGA